AUGUCAGCAAGGAAAAGAAAGUCCGUGGUGGAAGAAUCAUCACCCGCCGUGACGUGGGUUGCUCCAACCGAACACGAGUUUAGAGAUCUGAGGAGGUACAACGUCUGGCUCGCCCACGAGUCGAACAAACCCCCUCGACCGACUCAUAACGGCAACCAACAACCUCUAUCGAAGAAGCCGAGACAUUCCGUCUCAGGUCAUGACGCGGUCGCAGAGGAGCCGCAUCCCGUUGGACCGAUAGCAGCGUUGAAUGAGGAGGUGGAGGUGGAUCCUAAUUGGCAAGCAGGGCUUUGGAUCGGUAAGAUCGUGGAGAUCAGAGCGAAAGACACGAGCUAUGUAUGGACCAAGAUCAGGUGGAUGUGUCAGUCAAUAGGGGAACUGAAAGAGUCUGGUAUAAGAACUGGGCUACCUAGGAGCAAAGGCGACAGCAGGGAGAUCUUUAUGCUUGGUUCAGAACACGACGCGUUACAACCUGUAGGCGCUGUUGAAGCAACCGCUCCGGUGAUCCUUUUCGACGAACGCAAUCCGCUGCAAGCUCCGUUUGGCAAUAAAUCGAUUUUCUUCCGAUCAGAAGCUCGCACACCUACACCAGCUGAAGUGGAAAAGCUCGUUCCUAAAAAGAUUGCCGGGGAUGUCGAACCAAAGUCGAGGAAAAAGGGAAGAGCUUCUGAAGCUCCAUCUGGCGGGCAUCUUUUCCCCAUUAGGAAACCAACAUGCUACUGCGGAGAUCCAUACCGGCCAUUGUCGGAAAGAGAAGAGCCCAUGGCAUUGUGCAGUCAUCUCGGCUGCCUAAGAUGGUUCCACCUCGGUUGUUUGGAUUGGAAGAACGAUCAUCGACGUACAGCCACACCUUCCUCACUCGAAGAUGUUAGAAACUCCGGUGUCGAGCUCAUGUCGCUUCUCCCCCAAUAUGGUCUAACAACUCCCGCCAAGGAGAUAUCGCUUGAACACGAUCCUUCAGAUUUGAACUUUACAUGGCCUGAUUCGACCACGAAUCAAGAAGCUGAGAUAGAAAGCUGUGGCAUAUUGGCAGAGGACAUCAAGGAUGAAGGGAUUGGAGCGGUCCCUCAACUAACGGCAAUGACUGUGGAACAAAACGCGUUCCUCGACAAGUACCUCCCGGACAGUAUACUCCUUGCAGCUGAAAGUCCGAUUGAAAGGGGAUCGACUGAUACUGGGAUAGUGGGCAAUGCUCGGUACGUUAUGCGAGCCAGAGAGAUUUUGCAGAAAAAUAGAGAGGUUAGACGGAGAUCUCAAGUCGAACCUGUUGAGGUGGAGAGGAUUGAGAAAAUGGUUUUGGAAUGGGAGAAUAUUUGGAAAAUCAAGCGAGAAGAGCAAGUCUACCAGCGUAGGUCCGUAGUUUGGCUGUGUCCAGGGUGUAGAAGAGCCAUGUGA